CCAACAUAUGAAGUUUACUUCCCAUAGGAAAGAGUCAAGGAAGUGUCCCACAACUAUGAAACCCCCUGAAAACCCCAGUAAUGGCGUUGACCUGCUUCGGUAAGGCUCCGACGAGCUGAUAGUGCCCGUUUGAUGGGAUUAGGACGACCCAACCUGUACGCGGUCACUGCUAAGGGUAUAUUGCUAGGUCCCGGAUGCCUACUCAACCAUUCUGUCUGCUUGGUGUUUAUGCGACUAUGCCGCCCCAUGUAAGGGUAAAUCCCUAGUACACGGAACAAACUCCAUCCCUUAAAAAAACAUAAAAUAAAUAGUGGCUCGCAAACGUUCAGCACGCUGUGCUCGCUCCUCUCCGGCAUCGGCUGCUGCGCACGAACCCCACCCAUUUUCAGCCACCCUCCUCCCGCAAGUGACCGCAAGUGUGCCACCGGUGUGUUGGUUCAAGCGGCGCACCGGUUUAGCGUGUUUCUCUCGCUCUCUCUCUCUCUGCAAGACAGCUUUGCCGCAAGACUCUCAAGAGACUCUUCGGCGGGUUUUACCCACCAUUCGAUCCAAAGCCCCACACGCCGCCCUUCUUCCCUUUGCGCGUAUCAGUGGCGUGCUGUGCGCAACGGCGAAACCCGACGGUGCGUAACGCCUCCGACCAAAAGCCCUGCCGUGUAUGGCUGUGUGUGUGUGUGUGUGUGUUUGCAUGCUUGUACCAGUCUCGCUGCGGCUGCCCGUCUGCCUGCUCGGCCAUAGCUUAGUGAGCGGCGCUACUGGCCGGACGUGUUUUGCGCGAACCCCAAUCUUUGCGGGCGCUUUUGAGAGCUUUUGUCUGCGCGCGUGACACUGAUUAGCUUUGCGCGGUGCGCAAGGGAAGCAACGCAACAGGUGUUCCGGUGUUUUCGGAUCUGCGUCAUCUUUUUGCGGGUUUUUGUUGUUGUUGUUUGUUUCUGUUUUCAUUUUUUUGUUGCCUGCUGUGGGUGUACCGUGCGCGGAGCGGUCCAUCUUUCCUGCGUGAGCAGCAGCCGCGCGUUCCGCAGCCAGCCAAACUGCCUGACGCUCGCGCGCAGCGGUGACGUACCUCCAGCGGUUUUUGGACGGCGGUGGAUGUUAGUUCCGGUAAAGGUCGAAGUCAAGAGAUCUCCAACGUCCAGACGUGCGUGUGUUUUGCGUAAGUUUGAACUUGUGUGCGUAUGUUUGCCUAUGUGUGUGUGACUGUGUGUUCUGCUGUGAUAUAGUGCGAUUUGCCCUUGCCGAUCACGUUUCGAAGGAAUUUGGGUCAAAUGAAUUUGUUUCUCCUCUCCCUUGCUGUGCACACUCUCCGUUGUCAGAUCUAGGUAGCAGCAGCAGCAGCAUGUGUUGGUGAUUAAUUACGCCUACCACCUUGCGACGAUCAGGUUAUUUCAAGUUCAUGGGAACCUCGGGUCAACACGUUCACGUCCAUCAAUCCAGCCAUCAAUCAACGACAACGGCGAGGCGCACCUUCGAGGAUGCUCUAAUUUACCAUAUUACCUUCUUUUUCCACCCAACUCCUUCUCCCAACACAUUAGCAUACAUUGGUUCACGGCCAAUUGUCCCUUGCUUUUGCCUCACACCGGCUGCAUCAUUAACGUCAGGACGAAACGAACACCCCCCCCACCAAUCAAUCUAGUUUUGUGUGUAUUUUGUGAAAUCCUUGGAUAUCUCAGUCACUUUGCGUUGUGCCGCGCAAAACGCCAAAUGCGGUGCCACACUUACGUGUGAGCGACGAUUCCUCCUUUCCCGGUAGGCGACUACGACGACGAUUUAGAAAAAGAAGGAUGUCUCUGCACGAAUGGUAUCGCAGGCGGGAGCGGGGACUGCCGGCACGCAUCGGCGACACCGAUAUGAUCUACCGCACCAUCUUCCGGUCGCUGCAGCCGAGGGCACUGUCGGCCGAGCUGUCGCACCCGUACCGGUGCGGGCAGGACAGUGGGGCCAUCUGCAAUCUGGAGUUUUCGCCCGAUGGGACGCUGCUGGCCGCUGCCUGUGAAUAUAAAUCGAUCGUGCUGUUCGAUCCGCUCGCGGAAAAGCAGGUGAGCGCCGUCAGCAAUGCCCACGAUGGCAGCGUCAACUGCAUCAAAUUCGUCGACAGCCGUACCUUUGCGUCCUGCUCGGACGACACCACGGUUGCGCUGUGGGACGCGCGCAACCUCUCGACCAAGCUGCGCACGCUGCACGGCCACAGCGGCUGGGUGAAGAACAUCGAGUACGCGAAGGGUGCCGGCGUGCUGCUCUCCUCCGGGCUGGACGGGCUGGUGUACGCCUGGGAGCUGAACAACAGCACCGAGCAGGGCUGCACCUACCAGCGGCUGCUGUACAUGCCCGGGCUGAUGCGGUGCCGGCUCGCGCCGGACGAGUCGCGGCUAGUGCUCUGCACCGGCACCGGCUACCUGAUGCUGGUGCACGACCUCGACCUGGCCAGCCUGGCCGGUGAUCUCGUCGACUUUCGCCCAAACAUACAACGACUGAACCUGAUGCGCAAGCAACGGGUCCCGCUGGGCGCACGCAAGACUCCCGCGGUCUCCCACAGAAGAAAGAGAAAUCGUAUCGAGUUUGUGAGCGACUUUCCACCCGGCGACGAUGCGGAAAUGAUUAGCGGCUUGACGCUACAUCCUCAAGGUUGGUGUGCUCUUAGUAGAAAUAUUUCAUACGACGAGAAGACAGAGUGGUCUGUAGUGCACGAUAUACAAAGCUGGAGCGAGAAUGAGGAUGAAUCGGACACGGAGAAGCAGGAACUGGAUGAACUGAACACGGAGGAUAGCCAAGAGCCCGAGCAGGAAGAUGUGCCCCAACAGGAGCGAAGCAACAGCACCCGAUCGAUGGAGGGUUUCGGGCGAGAUCCUAAGCGAGAACCAAGCGAAACGGUACUAACGGAAGCGACAUGGUGCAACGGAGCUACCGAGCGGAAUGUGAUCAACAAUGCCUUUCCCAGUCACUCCGGUGCUCCGUGCCCCAGACUUGCUGAAGUCCCGAUGCAACCCAUCAUAAGACUGUCGCCGCCCGCCAAGGGAGGUCGGGCCGGGUCCGCGUGGUCGGAACCGGUAGCGAGCAAGCGGACCGCCGGGCACAGUACGGACGGGACCGGCACCCGGCUGCUCUACUACAUCCAGGAGUCGAACAAGGUGGAGGGCUACAUGCGGGAGGCGUGCUUCUCGCCGGACGGGCGGGUCAUCUGUUCGCCGCACGAUGACUACGGCGUGCGGUUGCUGGCGUUCAACGAGCAGUGCAACGAGAUGCGGUACGCGCGCCAGUGUCUGGCGAGCGGCAGCGAACCGGCACCGCUGCGGGAGCUCAGGUACAAGCCGUGCUAUCCACACGUGGUCAUCAGCAGCCAGUUCAGUCCCCGGUUUCCGCUGCUCGUGACCGGGUGUCUGCUCGGGAACGUGGUCUGGAAUCUGCCAGUGUUAAGCUAGAGGCUGUGCCUUUGACCGUUAAGCGCUUGGGGAGCGCCGGUACUGAACUGAAGUAUACGAGAAGAACACAGAAGGGAGAAGGGAAGGGGGGAAGGUAGGAGCGAGGGUUUGGGAAAAUGAAAAAUAAAUCGUGGAAAAAACAACCAAUGUACAAAAACAAA